CACUCCGCUACUAUUGACAAGAAUAUGGCGACCUGAUAGCGCCGCUUGUGUUGUUCCCCGUGGAUUUUUACCUGUGUUUGGAUUUUUACAUUUGUGAACAAUUUUUACUUUUAACCAUAUUGAAGAGGAUUUUUUAACAAAAUAAGAUUUUAGAUAUAAAAGAAUGGAGAUGUCAUCAAUUUUGAAGUGAAUAUAACAAUGGAUGCCCCAAAGUCAUUUCCCCCUGGGAACCGUCCCCAGAAUCAUAAUCAUCUCCCACCCCCCACUAACUGGUAUGACACGCUGGACAGGAAUGUCAACAUAUCCCUCAGCUCCAAAGGUCUGCGCAACGCUCCUGGUGAAAACAACUGCUUCCUCAACAGUGCUGUUCAGGUUUUCUGGCAUUUAGAUGUGUUUCGUCGAAGUUACCGAAGACUCUCGGGUCAUUUAUGCAUGGGAAAUUCAUGCAUCUUCUGUGCCCUAAAGGUGAUUUUUACCCAGUUUCAAUACAGUGACCAAGCAUCACUGCCUCCUGAUGCCCUCCGCAGGGCUUUGGCCGAUUCCUUCACAAACCAGCAGCGCUUCCAGCUGGGACACAUGGACGAUGCUGCUGAAUGUUUUGAAAAUAUUUUGAGGAGGAUCCAUUUUCACGUGGCCAAUGCGUAUCAUGAGGACUCAUGUUCGGCCCCUCAUUGUUUGAGCCACCAGAAGUUCACCAUGACCAUUUUUGAUCAGUUGGUUUGUGUCUGCGGUGCAAGUUCAGAGCCCCUGAGGUUUCACGAGACGGUUCAUUACAUUACGACAAACGCUCUAGUGUCGCAGUAUCGAUCCAUGCAAGAGACCGGGGACUUGAUACAUAACGACCGCUUUGGACUCUUGCUCAGGAACGGAUGUGCACAAGGCGAUAUCAGAGACUGCCCGGACAACUGCGGAAAGCGUGUGCAGAUAAGGAAGACUCUGCUUAAUUCCCCUGAUGUUGUGAGUAUUGGACUUGUAUGGGAUUCCGAGAGACCAGAAACUUCAACCAUCACAGAUGUCUGCCGCUGCAUCGGAACGACAAUUUUACUGCAAGAUCUCUUUCACUCUGUGAUGUGUAAAGAUGUCACCAAGUUGCCACGGUUACAAUUGUCUGCUGUUGUCUGUUACUAUGGAAAACAUUAUUCCACUUUUGUUUACGACACAAAGUCCAGUAUUUGGAAAUACUUUGAUGAUGCUACAGUAACCGAAAUUGGACCAAAGUGGGAACACGUCGUUGAUAAAUGUUCACGAGGGCGCUAUCAACCGCUACUGUUACUCUACACAAACCCCAACGCUAGUCCCAUCUCAACCGAUACCGCUCCCAAGAAAAGAGUUAUGGCCCCUGGUUUUGGGACGCCCACCAAAGGUGUGACUGAGAAGGAGAGUCGGCCAGAAGGAGGCAAACAGUCACGGUCCAAGUCCUCGUCCAUCGUGUCUCAGACCAGUGACCAGAUCAAUCCUAACAACCCCAGGGUCCACAAUCCCGACCAGUAUUCACCUGACGCAGACGGACCCAAACAACCCAGCUCCGAGCACAGAAGGCAGCCUAGUUUUCUAAUCGCAAUAACAGGGAAGAACGGGAAAAAGGUUAAUUCGGAGUAUGCCAUACCAGUGUCUAAUGCACCAAUCAAACAGCCUCUUCCUGGAGGUCAAGUGAAGUCGGAGCAGGCUUAUCACCCUGACAACCGGUCAGUGUCACAGAGAGGCUUUGUCCAGCAUGAGGUCAUAGAGGAGGAUCAGGUGGAUGGAUAUACUCUGUCCAAUAGUGACCAGUAUAGGCGUCCAGCACUUAAUGCUCCAGAGGGAAAUUCCAAGUAUUCAGCAUUGAACUUUAACAGGGUCAGUGAAGUCCAGAGAAAAGAGAGCCUGAAGAAAGGAAAGGGUAAAGUAGGAGUAGAUGUGAUUCGAUAUCAGAUAGACCCCCAGAGGUCGUCUUCUGAUUCUGACUCGCAAGGAUACAGUGAUACUGGUGCGUCUACCCCACCCUCCCUCCCACCCAAAAGACUGACCCAUUCUCAGAGUUACGAGGAGUCCCCUGCUAAUCUCUCAGCAGACCACAUUGAUGUUAGGCAGCAUGUAGUGAUGAAACCCAAACCCAAUGCAGCUCAGGCUCACAAUUAUGAAAAUAUUGACAAUUUGAUUCAUACUCCUGUGCAGUCUGGAUUGGCAACGUUACCGAGAAAUAAGAAAGGCGCUAGACCAAGUGCUGGUAAUCAUUCCAGACAGGGAUCUAUGACUGGAGAUAAUUCAAGACAAUAUUCUGCUUCUCAUAGUCGUCAAAGCUCUACAAACACCUUGACAGAAUCCUGCCACAGCAGGCAAAGUUCAUCUAACACUUUGACGGAACAUUCCCGCCAAAAUUCCAUGGUCAGUGAACAUUCGGACAUGCAUUCCAUGACCUCAAGUGGUCAGAUCUCAGAGGCCAGUUCACGUCAGAGUUCCACUGUCAGUCAGCAUUCCGACAUCAUCAGCCAAGUCAACAGCAACCACAUUUAUCAGAUGUCAUCUGCACAGUAUCAAAGACAGAAGUCAGCACCAGUUAUCAUGAGCAACACUCAGAAUGUCAAACCAGGAGAGCCUCUAAAGAAAGAGAAACCACCAAAACCAGCCAAACCAGAAAAGAAACCGGGAGUUUUGAAGAAGAAAAACAAUGUUCCACAACAGGACCAGCAUGGUCCACCUUUGCCUGACAAGAAGAAAUCUCUUUCACCCGACUCAAAUGAAUACAUUGAUAGGAAAAUGGUGGAGAGUGUACUGAAGUACCAGACCAAGUUGUCUCGCCAAGGCUCAACCAACAGCAACAUGAGCCAAACCAGUCAGAGCAGCAACACAAGUUUUGAGUCCGACAACUCCAGCAUCAAAAACUCCUCAGAAACCCAGUUUGACAAUUUGUCCCUGGAAUCUCAUAGAGAUUCUGGUUAUGGAAGCAGUGACAGGAACAGUUCUAGUUCCACAGGAAGUUCAACACUGGAUCCAUACACCCAGUAUUUCCUCAACAAGAGCAUGAUUCCUCCAAAGACUUUCAACCCACAGGCCGUGGCUGAAAACAUGAGGAAAUUUAUCGACCCCAACUACCAAGAACCUCAAACAGUGAUGUCUCAAUAUGAGCAUCAUCAUAACUAUAGUGCUAAUAACAAUGGACCUUCAAAUGGACCUAAAGGUGGAGUGUAUAUGAACCACCCAGCAACUUCAGAGAAAGGGAAACCAUUUCAUCCAGUGGUGGAUGGUUUUGGAAAUCCUAUUGAUCAGUCCAGGCAGCUUUAUGACCCCGCCAUCGUUCGUUCACACCAGGGCAAAGAUAUGAAUACACACCCCAAUUAUAAUUACGAUGGUCACUACGGUCAUUCCGGUAACCACCCCUCGUCAGGAAAUUCUAGUUACCACCCUCUGGAAAAGGGACAAGCAAAAGGGCUGGAAGGAGACCAAGCUUCUUUGAGUGAGUUCACCAGCAUUUAUCAGGCCUCAGAAGAUCUCAUGGACCAUUGUGUACUGGCUGAGACCAAUGGGAAUUUCCAAGAGGCCAUCAGGCACUGCUCUCAAGCCAUAGAGUGUCUAAAAAAGGCCAUAAAGAUUCCUAAUCUGCCUUCCCAGUCAUAUACGUAUGGUCAGAAGAAACACAACUCGUGCCUUCUGAAAGUCCGAAGUCUGCAGAAGAAGGCAGCCAUGAUGAGACAGGAAUCUAACUCGUCCAGCACGAGUUCCGAUAGUGCUCGUUCAUCACCUCUCAUUGUCAAUAGUAAAAACUAUGUUGAAGAUGGCUACAAUCGUAACCCAGCUGGCAAACCCUCUGAUCUCUGCAUCAACCAGAAUGUUGCAAUGUUGCAGCAAACAGCUAUCCACUCGCGGUCCAGUUCCCGAGAUUCCGUGGAUAGUGUGAUAGAAAACAAAAACUAUCGUGGAGAGAGACCUAGUAGUGGUAGCUCCACCAACUCACAGAAACAUGUGACUUGUAAUUCUAGUCAAAAUAGCAGAUCGUCAAGUAGUGAUAGGACACUGAAAAGUAAUUCUAACAGUUUAGAUGUGUACGGGACACUUCCAAGAAAAGGGAAAGCAAAUAAUAAGACACAAACCAGCAAUCAGACAAGAAGUGUCAGUGAAAGUCGAAAUACGAGAUCAGUGACUCCUACCCCUUUAGAUAGUAGUUCUACAGACUCUGAAUCUCAAUACCAGAUGCAGAUGCCAGCAAAGGCACAAAUUGUCACAAACGUAGCAGAGAUCAGGCCACUUCACAACAACUCUGGACCAAUGAGAGCCGUACACUCUCAACCCAACAUGUACCUCCACUACAGCACCACAACGUCCAGACCCCCCACAUCAGUCCCCGAGGUUUGUAGUUCCCCCGCUGCUCAGCAGAUGACAGCUAAGACUCAACCAGUGCUGCCACCUAAACCCAACCAGGUCACCGAAAAAACCACCUCCGCAUUUCCUCCCCCUAAAAAGGAAGGGAGUGUUGGGCCGUACCAGAAAACCAUGACCUACAAGGCUGACUGUGCUAAUGUGGCUUGGAAAGAUGUGACAUCAUCAGAACAGCAAUCCUUGCAGGGACACUAUUCUAAAGAGGCAGUACCCUUGUGUUCCACUGGCAGUGCACCCACUCCCCACGGAUCCACCACCGAGGGAUCAUCAGAGGGAAACGAGGCCCGACCGAGUGUGCGAGAUUUGGCCUCUAGAUUCGACGGUGUGACUGUCAACAACAAUCACACCGCGAACUCUCACCCCAUCAGCCAUCCCCCCAACCCCCCUCCUCCACAAGGUCUGGCCAUCAGACACAGGAGCAAGUCCGAGUCUGACUUUCGAAACAUGCAGGAGGAACACCCAAAGUCUGUACUCUCCAAGAAAAAGAAAAGCAGGGGAAGCAAGCCGAGAAAGUCAGUAACUUUCUGUGACAAUAUUGCCCUCAUCUCGGCUGCAGAUCUGGACGAGUUUGGCUUUGUGCGGAAUCCUGAGGAAUUCCAUGCGGGGUAUGUGAGUGACGAGGAAGACAGACUUGGGGGAUUCUCAAGAAGUGCUUUUUCAGACAAUGAUCUUGAGGAGGGGGACAGUUCCGACUCACCGGUCGAGAUUUACUUGGGGGAGGAUCCUUGUAACCUGUGCAGCAAAAGGGGGGUGGUACCUGGUCACACUCUGUGUGCCAAGUGUCAGCUCUACAUGAGGCAAUUCCAGACACAAACGUAGCAACCAAGUGAUGUAGCUUUAAAUGGUUGUCCUGCAAAAUAUUGAUAUUGUUGUGCUAUUUUUUUUUUUGUCUCUUUUGGACAAAAAAUGGUAAAUUAUUGUCAGCAUUUUGUAAAUUGGUAUUUAUAUUCACUGAUGGGGUGAAUUUUUUUUUGUUUAAUUGCAUUAGCUAGUAUACUGCCAAACUUGAAUACUUGCAGCAAUGCUAUCUGUCUCGAUACUUUUUUAUUAUUUGUUUUUUUGAAGAGAUUUUUAGAAAAAUGUAAAUGUCAAAAACAGCAAAUUACCCCAGAAAACUUACUUGAGGACUUGUGAAGGGUAAACUAGUCAGUGUCUUUAAAUGUAUAAAUAUGCAACUAAAACAUUCCGAUUUCUGCUUUAUAAUAUAACACAGUAUGGACAAUAUAGAUUUUUUUAUGCACUAAAAAUCUAAUUGUAGUCCGUCCAUCUGAAUGUUAUUUGUUUCCUGAGAAUAUUUUUUGGUACUAAAAGAAAAAUAAUUUUAGUUUAAAAACUGUUUUUUUAUGAAGAAAACAAAUCAAACUUUGAGAAAAAAAAUUACAAUUCAUUUUUAUCAAUGUUAUAUUCUACAAAUUUUUAUACCUUUUAAGAGUAUAUAUAUUUUAGACAAAAUCAUUUUAUGGCAUUUUUUUGUUUGAUGUUAUCCAAUUUUAAACUGCCAUAUUUUGUUUAAAGAUUUGAUCUCAAGGCCCUGAUUCUGUGAAAAACUUCUCAGAACUGACCAAUAAAAACUAAUAUGCUUCUAUAUAUAGCAAUAGUUAAAAUAUUUCCCACUGUUUUGAGAAAUUUUCAACAGACCAGGUGCUAUUUGUUAAGUUGUGUAUGUAUAUUUUGUACAUAUCAGAUUUGUUGUACAUUAUUCUGUGUAAAUGCUGUCAUAUUCUAAACAUAGGUCAUGCUUCAUUAAAUAUAUUACUGCUUAUCAUAUGAAACAAAACAUAUCAAAAUUUCCAAUAAAAAAUAAAAAUUAUGAAUAAAAAA